AUGUCAGCUGGCCUGGUUUUUAUGUGGACACAUAAGCUUCUACAAGCUGACGUAGUUAGAAUGAUGGAUGCCUUGGAUUGUAAAUACGUUGAGAACCUUGUAUGGUUCAAGAAAUCAAUCAACAACGACAUGCUCGACGAGCCAAGCCCAUAUAUCAGCUCGACGAAAGAGAUUUUACUCAUGUUUAAAAAAGGCGAUGGGUUCGAACUACGCCAUCAACGCUCCCCGGAUGUCAUUAUCGACUUUGAACUUCCUCCACAGCAGUGGAUCAAAGACGAAUUUACCGAACCGAAGCCACAGGCCGUGUAUGAUAUGAUUGAAACGUUACUGCCUCGUGCCGGAUACAACGAAGAGCUUAAACGCGGGCGCUUACUAGAACUGUGGGCCAAGCGAGCAUCACCCCGACGAGAUGGAUGGAUCGCAUUCCAUCAACGAAAGACUUCAAUUGUAAAUAGUAUACUACACACAUAG